UCAUGUCCGUGUUUACAAGCGAAGCGUGACGUUCUCGGACUCGCACGACUACGUCUUCGAACGCGACCAAACGCCUCACAUUUCAUCUUAAGAUGUCCAUAAUGAUGUCCCUGAAAGCUUUUCUCAGUAACAGACUGACGGCGGCAGCGGAGGAAAUAUUCUGCGCUGUUGAAAAGACAAUCGCCGAAUACAAAGAGGAGAUUUGUCGUUCUAAAGAUUUGGAAAUCAGUCGUCUGAGGAUGCAGCUGAAGCUUCUCAAGUCAGACCCCCGGAAUGACAGAUGUAUUGGAGCCCAACUGCAGCAGUCCACCCAUCACCACCAAGCUCCACCUCAGCAGCAGCACCAUCAAUCAAUGGAGGCUCCGGAGUCCCAUCACUGUGAGGAAGAGGAGGAGGAAGAGGAGAAUGAGAGCAGCAGCUUGGAGCCAGAGCAUCCAGAAACAUCAGAGGUCAAGAAGGAGCAGCAGAAGAGCCACAGGGAUUUCUGGAUAAGCCACGAUGAAGAGCAACUGGAGAGCCUUGAGUCAGACAUCAAAGACUUCAUCUCAGCUCCUUCCAGUCUGAAAGUGAGUCUGCAGGAGCCCACCUUACCUUUCCACCCCUACCACCAACUCCACCACCACAACAACAGCAGCAACAGCAGCAGCGAGGAGAGCAGAGACAAACCCUACAGCUGCUCUGUGUGCGAGAAGCGCUUCAGCAACUGUUCCCACCUCACAGCUCACAUCAGGACACACACGGGCGAGAGGCCCUACAAGUGUGAGAUAUGCAGGAAGACGUUCAUCACCACAAGCGCUCUAAACAGACACCAGACCAUCCACACUGAGGGCAAACAUUUUGUGUGUAACUUCUGUGGGAAAUCCUUUAAAUGGAUGGAGUCUCUGGGCAGACACAUAAGAAGUGUCCACAAGAGGGACCAUAUGCCCACGUGACGUGACUCUGUUCCUGUCCAAUGAAACACCACUUGUCCAAUGUCCAAGAGCUUGGAUACUAUGUUCUCGUUAUGUAUUUGUCAUCUAUGAUUUCAUUAUGUAAAAGAAUGUAAUGUCUGUUUUCUAUGUUAAUGUUAUUUAUGCAGCUGAAUGUGCAUGGACCUUUAUAAAGCCUUGAGCCAGUGACUAGUCAGUAAAUACACUCACUCAUGUUUUCUUACAAAUUUCUUACAAAUGAUCUUCAUUUUCAUUCUUACAAAAUAAAGCAUCAUCACUCUAAAUAUUUUGCUAUUGUGUAAUGUAAUGUGCUGACAACAGUCAGAAGGAGAAGUUGCACUUUAUUCCAGCAGGUGGCAGUAGCAGAAUUUCAUUCAUAAUUUUCUCAUCAAUCCACCACAGUUGGCAGCGUUCAUAUUUGAGUGUGUAUUGUACUGCGUGUGUACUUCAUUUCUGAGUGCUGCACAAUUAAAAUAUCAACGUGA